UGUGGUAUAGGGUGCAGAGUUGUUUUCGUCAGCUCUAUCCACAGAACUUCAGCAGAGCAUUUUGACCUUUUAUCUGCUGCCCUCGUGACUCUUGAAGUAUGCCCCCCAAAAAAUUAUCUCACUCUCACAGAUGGCCUAUACGUAUAAAAGGCUGUCCCAUCUUGGGAUUCUUUUUACUAGAUAUCUUUCCUCUUUGAGAUAUUUUCAAGUCUGAAUUUUUCAUCCCUUUUCAUGUCCUUGCUUAUAUAUAGAGUAAUUUGAUGUGUUUCAGCCUUUCAGCUGCUGCAAUUUAGCUUUACUUUUAGGGGGGUUCCAAUUUCAUCAUCUCUGUUCUUUUUUAUUUCAGAGGUUUUUGACCCACUGUUUUCCAAGGAACAAGGAUCUAGGAUAGCUGUUUAAGGAAACAAGCUCGACUUUCAAUUCUCUGAGUAUUUUGAAUCCAAAAAUUAACCAUUUGUUGCAAAGACUCGUUCUUUCAAAUUAGCGGCAAAUUCAAGGUAGUCAUUUUGGAGAUACUGGUUUUGGUUUCCUUGGACUUGUAUAUUUAAAGAAGUUUUUCUGGUGACCAGCUAAAGAACUGUUAAAAAGGUUUUUGGCUUUUUCUCCUUUUUUUUAAUGGUCAUCAAGUUUUAGGUAAUUCUCAGUACAAGCCAAGUAGAACCCAAGGGGUUUAAGGGCGACUGUACUUUGCUUUUUUCCCUUCUUCUUUCUUCAUAGACAGUUCUGAUUGUCUCUGGAACUUCUGCAGAAUUCCAAGCUGCUCUCUUUGCUAAAGUUUCUGACCUCUCUCUGAAUUUCCAUUCCUUUCUAUUGUGUUUGGGUUUGCCUAGAAAUUCCCAUUUCUUCAAGCCCUUUUGAACUCUGUUUUGAUUGGAGCCAUUUUCAAUUUCUGGGGGGCAGAAAGAUUGAAUUUUUUUGCUUCAAUCUUUCCCUAUAUCGAUAGGAUUACACACCAAAAAAAUGUCUUCUUGUUUGAGUGGAGGAGGGCGAGCAAUUAGAUUAGACCUCGAGAUUAUUAAGUCCCCUUCUACAUCAUGGACUUCAAAUUCAUCAUCUCCAUCUUCAACUCUAUCAGAAUCGAGCAAUUCUCCAUUAGCAAUCUCCACAAGAAAACCUCGAACCCCUCGAAAAAGGCCUAAUCAAACUUACAAUGAAGCAGCCGCCAUUCUGUCCACUGCUUAUCCCAAAAUUUUCCCCACUAAACACCUCACAAAGCCUUGCAAGUUCACUAAACAACAGCAAUAUCUUACCUUUCCUUAUGAAUCCUCGGAUUUAUUACUACCAUUUCGGGUAAUCGAUGCAUCCAGUUUCUUGGUAGAACAGCAUCAUCACCAUCCACAGAUUCUAGAUAAGCCGAAUCAUCAUCAUCAUAAUCAUCAAUCCAGUGAGCAAAAAGUGACCAAUUCUUGUGAUAAGCCCUGUUUGAGUCCCGGUGAAAUUAAUUCAAAAAUCAAUCUUUUGGAUUUUGAAGAUGAAUUCAACGAGGAUUUCGAUGCAGAAUCAAUGCUUGAUGAGGAAAUUGAAGAGGGCAUUGAUAGUAUCAUGGGGAAUUCAUGCUCUGAAGUUGAACCACUUGAAGAACAGAGUGAUUUAUUGUGCCAGAACAACAGUAUCACAACUAGCCAAAUGCCUCCAUUGGGUACAUGUUAUGGUUAUCCUGUGGGACUUGGAUUUGGAAAUUAUUUUGAUUAUGGAUUUGGUAUGAAAAACAAUGGCAUCAGAGCAUUUAGAAACCAUUCUGAUGGGGAAGAUUGGUGGAGAUUUCCCAGUGUAAAUGUUCAUGACAUCACCCCAAAAUUCCAAAAGUCUCCGGCAACAAAGAAGAAGAAAAAGAAGGUGGAGAAACUGGUGGAAUUGAAGAACAUUACCGAUCCAUUACCCAAGGAAACUUCCAAUUCCAAUUCCAACUCAAACUCAGAUUCGAUUUCCUCCUCUCGAGCUGUGAAAGAAAGUAGCACUGCACAAAAAUUAUCAGAUGGGGAGGCGAAUGAGGCCGUGCCAAAUACUGGGUUGUCGCUGAAAUUGAACAUUGAUAAUGUUUUGAAGGAUUGGUCCGACGGGCCGUCCCCGUUUUCCGAUGAUUCUCCGGCGUUGGCUGACGCUUCUGGAACUGCAAGUGAUGUCCAAGCCAGGUUGGCGAAAAUAGACUUGUUCUCAGAGAGCGGUGGAGUAAGAGAAGCCAGUGUCUUACGUUACAAAGAAAAGCGGCGAACUCGUCUUUUCUCCAAGAAAAUUAGGUACCAAGUCCGUAAAGUUAAUGCUGAUCGACGCCCCAGAAUGAAGGUAAAAACCCUUUCUCUUUUUUCUUAUACUUUCGCUUUUUCUUAACGUUAAUAUUUUGAACUUAGAUUGUUAAAAUAAGACGAAUGGAAUUUUCUUUUUCUUUUUUUUUUUUCUAUGAUAGUGAAUUGGAAAGAAGAAAAAAAAAGUUACUACCUCAUUGGUCUUUGGUAAAGUCGUCAAGAACAUUCUCUCAGCUGUUGAUUUGGAGCCACGUAGUCCUAAUCUUUUUUGUCUGGUUGAAAUUUUUGCCAGUUCGAUGGUUUAUCGGGAGAAAGUGGUUUGGUUUAAACCAAUUUUGUGGAGGUGGUGAAUUGCAUUGGUACAUUAUAGAUUAUACACCUUUGAAAGAAAUAAUUACUAGUAUCUAAACUCUAAACAAUAAUUCGAUUUGUUAAUACUUUCUGUGUUUUAAAAGAACUUUUAUUUGGGAAUAAAGGAUGUGAUUAUGUUUGUUGAUAGACUAAUUAACAGCAUUUUUUACAUGUCGGUCUAUGUGUAAAGUUAGAGUAAGAAUAUAAUUAGUAUAAUUCCAUCUUAGCAUCUUAGCAACAGGCACAGCAUAUGUAUAUGCGUAUAAGAUGGGAUUCUUUUUUAUACUCCCUCCGUCCCAUAAUUAUUGUCUAUUUUGCUUAAAAAAUUUUGUCCUAAAAUUAUUGUCCAAUUUGACUUUUUAUAGAUCAAGUUACACAUUUGUCCUUAGUAAAAAACAUUAUCCAUAAAAUCUUCAUGGUUAAACAAUUACUUAUGUAGGGGUAUAUCCGGUUGUUCAAGGUAAAAUAUAGUUAAGUUUGACUAAAAAUAAAAUUUUUCAUUUUAGUAAAAGUGGACAAUAAUUAUAGGACAGAGAGAGUAUAUUUUUCAUUAAAUUAUUUCCUUUCACGGCAUAAUUUUACCAUCUUUACUUUUAAUCAUUUGUUAUAUUUCUUUUGUCGUGAUGGGAAAAUUAUACUUCAAUUUGUAAAGAGAAACAUAGGAGACUUUCGAGUGGAUUCAGUAUUAUGCAUUUUGUUUUGAAAUUAUUAACUAAUCCAAAAAAUCAAGACAGUUAUUUUGCGACAAAAAUAGUACGACCUUUGGUGAUAUUUUGUUAAAAUCGGACAAGAAUGUUUUUUGGCAUACUUUUGAGUUUUGGUUUUGGCCCUUAUCUUUUUGAAGUUGAUGUAGCCAUAAAUGUCUCUGUUCUCUGUGAUUUUAUAUUUGCAUCUCUUUUACACACUUGCAUUUUCCUUUUUUCUCUUUCCUGUAAAUUAAUUAUUUUCCUUCUGCCUAAUUAUUUAUUUUCGUUUGACUUAUUCUUUUCGGUUUAAUAUUCUUUGCAGGGUCGAUUUGUUAGAAGGCCAAAUUCUCCUGAUGAUAGUGAGCAAUAAUAAUAGAUGAAGAAGGUUGGAAAAACUAGCAAAGCAUAUAAUAUAAGGUUUUUAGGUUCAUACUAUUUUUGAAGUACCAAAGGCUUUAGUGUAGACUAGUUUUUGCCAGACGAGUAGGUUUUUUAUGAAGAGAAGAUAAUAUCCCCCCUACAAUUUUUUUUUUGGGGACAAUGUCUCUAGAAAUUUUGUUACUCCUUCCAUCCCAAAAAAAUAAUUCACAUUGAGUUUUCAAAUUUGUAUUAAAAAUAAUACAAAACUCAAAACUCAAUGUAGACUAUUUUUCUGGGACGGAGAUAGUAUAUGUUUACCUUAGAGAAGUGCUUAUCCCUGCAGUCGUAUGGUCCAUUUGGCUUCUCAUUAAUUUCGUGGUAAAAAAUUAAUUCUGUAACAUUUUUCGCUUCAACUAAAUACUGAUACGAAUUAUUCAUUCUAAAAUGAAGAUAUUCAUAUCUAUUAUAGACACGAAUACAUAUAAAAAUGGAAAUGAAAAUGAAAUCGCCAUCCUACAUAUUACUGAUUUGUCUUGUGGGUUCGUGUGUGUAAGAA